CCUAGCGAACAAAACCCUCCGCCUCUCUGCUUCAGGGAGGCUACUCUCCUCACACUCACUCUUAAUAAGAUUCUUCAGCACGUCGGCGUUCGAGAGGUUAAAAAUCGAAAGUUGGGCUGUGGCGAAGCUCAUCAUACAUUUGAUUUGCGCAUUCACCGACGCCGAGAUAAAGCUAAGAAUUAACAUGUCUUUAAUUGUCACAGUAUAUGGCAAACCCCAAAGUUUUCUUCGACGUUCUAAUAGGUAAGGCCAAAGCUGGUCGCAUUGUGAUGGAGCUGUUUGCCGAUGUUGUCCCAAAGACAGCUGAGAAUUUCCGAUGCCUCUGCACUGGAGAGAAGGGAAUUGGCCGUUCAGGGAAGCCCCUACAUUACAAAGGAUCCACCUUUCACCGAAUCAUCCCCAAUUUCAUGUGCCAAGGUGGGGACUUCACCAGAGGCAAUGGAACCGGUGGUGAAUCCAUCUAUGGACAAAAGUUUGAUGAUGAGAACUUCACGAAGAAGCACAUUGGACCUGGUAUUCUCUCGAUGGCCAAUGCUGGUCUAGGUACAAAUGGCUCGCAGUUUUUCAUCUGUACUGCUAAAACGCCAUGGCUUGAUGGAAAGCAUGUGGUAUUUGGCAAGGUUGUUGAUGGAUACUCUGUCGUCCAGGCAAUGGAGAGGGAAGGAUCACAAUCUGGAAAGACUUCAUCGCCAGUGUUGAUUGAAGAUUGCGGAGAAGUCAUAGAGAAUUAAGAUGUGUUUAGUUUUAGUUUUGAAGGAAAUGCUAUUGAAGCUGAUUUAAAUCAGCGAGAGAAUGUUAUUGAGAUAUGCCCUUCUAACCUAUCAUUAUGAGCCUUCUGUUUUUCUGUAAUACAAACGAUAGAUAAAGGCUUUUUCUUUCA